GGCGUUAUGAAUUUCGCGGUACAAUUGACAGCAAAUUUUCCCGCUUAACCGUCUUUCUUGUCAUUUUCUAAGACGUCGGUGGCAUUAUUGUUUGAGAGAACAAGAGUUUUCUACGUAUUAUACUUAAUUGGGACCAAUUUUACUAUAUAGCAGAUAAUUAACCAUGUUCGAAGCACGACUUCUCCGUAGCUCUAUCCUGAAGAAAGUACUGGAGGCAAUCAAGGAUCUCCUUACUCAGGCAACUUUUGACUGUGAUGAUAAUGGUAUACAGUUGCAGGCUAUGGACAAUUCACAUGUGUCUCUUGUAUCACUCACCCUGAGAGCCGAUGGAUUUGAUAAAUACAGAUGUGACAGAAACAUCUCAAUGGGAAUGAAUCUCGGCAGUAUGUCUAAGAUCCUAAAAUGUGCUGGUGACAAGGACACUGUAACAAUGAAAGCGCAAGAUAAUGCCGACACAGUCACCUUUGUGUUUGAGAGCCCUAACCAGGAAAAGGUUUCCGAUUACGAAAUGAAGCUCAUGAAUUUGGAUUUAGAACAUUUGGGCAUCCCAGAGACAGAAUACAGUUGCACAAUUCGAAUGCCAAGCGGUGAAUUCGCAAGGAUUUGUCGUGAUCUAUCACAGUUCGGCGAAUCUAUGGUGAUAUCUUGUACUAAGGAAGGAGUAAAGUUUUCAGCAAGUGGUGACAUCGGGUCGGCAAAUAUAAAGCUGGCUCAAACAGCAUCUAUUGAUAAGGAAGAAGAAGCCGUUGUUAUUGAGAUGGAUGAACCAGUCACACUCACCUUCGCCUGUCAGUAUCUUAACUACUUCACUAAAGCCACUUCAUUGAGUCCUCAGGUACAGUUGUCGAUGUCAGCGGAUGUCCCCCUGGUGGUGGAGUACCGCAUCCCGGACAUAGGUCACAUACGUUACUACCUCGCACCCAAGAUAGAAGAAGACGACAGCUAGGUUAUCAUAUAUCAUGUUUCCGAGGUAUUACAACAAUUGUGACAGGUCCAACUAUUUUGCUAUAAUUAUAUUGAUCUUUUUUGUA